AUGCAUCUGUUUUUGGUUCGGCAUGGCGAGACGGAGCAUAAUGUUUCAGGAGUCCUGGCAGGCGUUUCUGACUCCAGGUUAACUAAUCACGGCGUGCUGCAAUGCCAACGCUUGGGUAAAUACCUAACGUCACACCGCAACUUGCACUUCACGCAUAUCUUUUCCUCUGAUCUUCAACGAGCCUAUAUGACGGCAGAGAAAAUCCAGCGAAACCAAGUCGCUCAAUGGUCCCGGCUACAUAGGGUCCCCGAAGUGGUGAAGCUACCACUGCUGAGAGAACAAGACUUCGGUUCUUUCGAACUGGUGCCUUGGGCCUCGAAGCGGGCGCAGCAAAGAUUCGACCAUGGCACUCCCAACCCAGCAGAUUCGAACUUUCGGCCACAGGAGACCCCAGAGUCUAUGACAAUGCGAGCAGAAGCAUUCUUGGACAACUUCAUUCUUCCGUUGCUCGCAACUGCCACGGACGAUCCGCAAGAUUCAACUAACUCUUCGACACAGGAUUGCGUCGCAGUCGUCUCGCACGGGUUAUUCCUUUCCUCUCUUUGGCAGUCGUUAUUGCGCAGGUUCGCUACUGGUACUGUGAGUCUUGGUCCAAAUAUUGAGGUCGGAGGACACGUUCGACCCCUUGAAUACCUUCCUUCCUGGGGCAAUACUGCUUUUCUCGAAUUGACUAUUCAACGCCCUACCACCAUUGUACCUGCGAAUUUCUCGAACCUAGGACCGGCAUUCGAUGAAGCAGGGCGUCCAGUGCCUCUCAGCUGGCACUCGAUGAUGGUGCAUGUGAUAGACGGCCGUGAUCACCUGGCCGAUCUCAAACGAGCUCGGGGUGGUAUAGGCUCGUCACCCUUCGAUGCUCGCCAACAAACUCUUGUUGGAUAUUUC